UGUCCAUCGCCUUGCUUCUGCAACCAUCCCAGUAGGAUUGUUUAUUGCUCGAAGAAGAAUCUGACUCGCAUUCCGAACUCCAUACCAGGAAACACUCUGCAACUGAUCCUCAACUUCAACCAGUUCCAGUCGAGUCGGAUCUCGGUUCAAAACUUCAGCAACUUUUCCUCGCUAGAGCAUCUCUACCUGAGCAAAUGUGGCAUCGAAUAUAUCGAGGUGGAUACGUUCAUCGUUGUGAAGAAACUCCAGUGGCUCGAUUUGAGCAACAACAAGAUUCGCUAUCUCAAAGGAUCGGCGUUCAAUGGACUCUCCCUCAAACAUCUCUUUUUGAACGGGAAC